GGUAGCAUCUUCCUUCACAACAGAAAGAAUCCAGAUGGAAGUAGCCUCCAUUUCCACAGAUGAAGGGACAUUAUUAGCAUCACAGACUCACCUCAAUUUCACCUCUUUAGGGUUCCUCUUCUAUUAUGAAUCCCAACUCCUGCGUUCGAUCUGCGGCAAAUCCAUCAAUACCCAUCCUAUUCUCCCUCAACCUCUGUUUUUACCUCGUGAAGUAUCAACAUCUGAAAUAUUAUCCUGGUCAGUUUUGCGUAUGACAGUGUCUCUGGACCAUAAAUUCGCCAAUAUUGGAGUCUGAAUGGCCUGAACCUGCGUAUUCCUGCUCUGCAGACUGGCUUAUCUUUUGAGUGUCCACUGAAGAGGCAGCUCUUACUGAAGCAUGAGUACAGGGUGGAAAAGCGAUCUGCAUGGCACAUAAGGCACAGUUGCAUUGAUCUGCCUUGAUUCAGGCAACAUCCGUAAGAGCUCUUUCUCCUGCUCCUUAUCUCCUUGGCUCUCUCCAACUAUCUGAACCUUUCUUGCAGAAGAGCAAGGGAUGGAUGAACAAUUGCUGGAUCAAUCUGUCUAUCUUCACUCAUUCCAGCUAGGACUUAAGAUGAUUAUUUUAAUUCAUUCAUUCCAGCUAUUUGAUUCUGAAUGACUAAAAGUUGGAAUACAAAAGCAGCUGAGCUGCAAUGUGUAACAAGGCAGAGAUAUGUGGCCAUGUGAAUGGGUGAAAGUAUGUCCAGGGAAGAAAAUGGUCAGGAGCAAAAUCCAAAGAGAUGUGGAAGGUAGCAUUUGGAAGUGUUUCUUUAAGGAGAAUAAAAGACUGGGUGUGUUUUGUAUAGGCUUGUCACCGAGGGCCGCUGGUAUGCCUUUGGAGUCUUUUUGGUGGGGGAUUUGGUCGGAGCUUCCCAUUAUAUAUAGCUUUGAACAUUCUCCUUUUUCAUUUGUGGACAGCACAAAGCUUGAACACUGUGAACUCAAUUCGGAUUCUGAUGCUUUUAUCAAAGAAAACCCCUUUAUGGAGAGGAGAGAAAAGAAGAAUCAACCAAAGCCAAGCCCCUCUUUCUCUCUGUACAUGUUCUGUUUUGUCUUGAAGCUUUUGGAUGGAAAUGGCAUGGAAGAUGAAAGUUAAGAUAUUAGAUUGGAUCUGUGGUUGUUGGGGGAGUCAAAUUUGAAAAGCAAUAUAUAUCCUAAAGCUAGAGGUAGAGGUCUCAUUAUCCCAAACAAAAAAAUAGAACUCUCAUGGACUUAAAACAAGUGUUUAUUUCUCACAGGUAAAUAUUUUUUGCUGUUUGUUUUGAAUUGUUUCUAUUGUGCAGAUUUUGGGUGUCAAGAAUUUGGUUUAUUCUGGGCAUUUUGGGUGUUUUGCCAGUGUGAUUUCCAUUUUGAGGAAUGGUGGGUAUUAGGAUAUGAGAGGUGGGUAGUGUCGGCAAGAACAAGUUUUAAAACUUGCGGUCAUCCUCCAAGAGUCCGAUGACUCCACCGCAACUCGCGACCCCCUCCUUCCAUGGCUGUGGUCGAUAAAGAGGGCGCUGGACAAAUGGUACUCCGGUGACCACCCCAGUGCAGAUCUCGACAAGCUUCUUUCAGAUUGUAUCACUGCUUUCAAGCACAGUGUGCAGUACAGAAACGACAUAAGAUUUCUCAAGAUUUGGUUCGUUUAUGUAAUCAACUCUCUUCUCUCCUACGCUGCUUAAUCUUGGACUUAGUUAUCCCUUUGCAUGUAGAAAAUUGUUAAUUGAAUUGGAUUUUUUGGGUUUUGGCUUCUCUAUCAAAUUCAAUUACCUUAAUAAAGCAUCCAGCCUGAA